AAUAACAAGUUCGACUGCUCGAGUCUUCAAACCCGUUGAAAUUUUUGCCGGGGAAAUAUGUCGUUAUCUAGUUGGAAGCUCGCCAACGGUGCACUUCCGCCGUCGGUCGGAGAAAACCGGCUACCCACAAAGCCGUUGACGUUAAUAACCUCAAAAAGAGCUCUUCCUCCUCAGGUGAGAAGUGAGGGAAAACAAGAAUCAGGCCCUCGAGUACUUGGUGUUUCACGAAGAGAUUUGAUGCUAUCUUUACCGGCUGCAACGCUAGCAGCGGUCACCCUUUUCUCAGCCGAACCUGCUGAGGCACGUAUUGUGAAGCUCGAGAUCAAGAGGAAAAUCCGGGAAAAGCUUGAGAUGCUGAGGGAAAAGGCCGGCUUAUCAAAGCCAAAAAACAAUGAAGGGAAACAGCCAGCAGCAUCUUCGCCACCGGCACCUGUUCCAAGUCCUCAAGUGAGCCCAAUUGUACCACCUGUGGAAGCCAUUCUCCCAUGAGAAAUGACAUGGUAACUAAUCCCUGAGAAGCAUACUUGAUCAUCUGGUUAUAUUUUGUGUUUUAAUUUCUAUGUUGAACACUUGCAACUCAAUCUUUACUUUCGAUUUAGGACAACAGGCACAUC